UCUUACUUCUUCCGAGGUGCCAUCCGAACUCACUGGAGCAUUUCGAUCGAUUUCCAUCUCCAACUCACGCUCGCACAUUUCGAAGCGAUCGAUCGCUCGAGGCCACCGCCUCGAUCUCACCCUCUCCGAUCCCGCAUUCCGUUGCCCACUCAUGGAGACGGAGGCCGCCGGCGGCGAAGACCCCCCGUCCUCUGCGGACUCAGAGAGUCCUGAGUCGUCCGCCGCGGCCACCAGGCUCCAGAAGGUCUACCGCAGCUACCGCACCCGCCGACGACUCGCAGACUCAGCCGUCGUCGCCGAGGAGCUCUGGUGGCAACUGUUGGACUUUGCUCGGCUCAACUACAGCACCGUCUCCUUCUUCGAUCAUAGGAAGCACGAGACGGCGAUCUCGCGCUGGAAUCGCAUGGGCACGAUCGCUUCCAAGGUUGGACAAGGAUUAUCCAAGGACGACAAAGCUUUGAAGCUGGCUUUUCAACACUGGAUCGAAGCUAUUGAUCCAAGGCAUCGAUAUGGGCAUAACCUGCACUUCUACUAUGAAGAAUGGAGUAAAAGCCAAGCUGGUCAACCUUUCUUCUAUUGGUUGGACAUUGGUGAUGGCAAAGAUUUGGAUCUUAAAGAAUGCCCGAGAUCAUUACUCAAGAAGCAGUGUGUCAAGUAUCUUGGUCCUCAAGAAAGAAAGCAAUACAAGUACGAGCCGGUAGAUGGUAAGAUUGUGCACAAACUUUCUGGUGAGCUUCUUGACACCACUCAAGGUGGAAAUAAAGAAGCAAAAUGGAUCUUUGUGAUGAGCACAUCCAGGAAAUUGUAUGCUGGUCAGAAGAAAAAAGGAGUCUUUCACCAUUCUAGCUUCCUUGCUGGAGGAGCCACUGUGGCUGCUGGAAGAUUCACGGCGGAAAAUGGGAUCCUCAAGCGUAUUUGGGCAUACAGUGGGCAUUACCGGCCGAGCGAAGAAAACUUCGAUUAUUUCCUAAGCUUCCUCAAAGAGCAUGGGGUUCAUCUGGAUGGAACUCAGAUAUUAUCAUCUUCGAAUGAAGAGUAUGACAACAAUGAGAAACAACAGCUUGAGAAGAUGAUCGAUGCUUUCAAUAUUUCCAAAGCUCCACAGCUAGUUCUGCCUACCGAAGUAACAAAAAGUGCAACUGAGGAACCUACUUCAAAAUUGCCAGCUGAUGAUGGCACUGCUCAUGCUGAAUACAAAAGGACAUUAUCUGGUGGCCUUCGGAGCCCAAGACCGGACGUGCCUAAGAAGGCGAUAUUGGAAAGGAUCAACUCAAAGCAGAAGGCAAGUUCUUACCAGCUGGGGCAUCAACUCUCUUUGAAAUGGUGCAGCGGAGCCGGUCCAAGGAUCGGUUGUGUGGCAGAUUAUCCAGUGGAGGUAAGAAUGCAAGCGCUCGAGUUUGUGAAUCUGUCACCAAGGGUCACCACUCCAUCAAAGAUCCAAACAGGUGUUUGAAAUAUCUACUUGUCAUGUCAUCUGCAUUUGAUGCUUCACGGCAGACAUAUGAUGAUAUAAAGAUCAUUAUUUGAUGUCUCUGUUGGUUCAUGCCAUGUAAUUGGUACUUAGAAGUGACAAAAUUCAGAAAUAA